AUGUCUGACGCUAUCACUAUCCGUACUAGAAAGGUUAUCACUAACCCAUUGUUGGCCAGAAAGCAAUUCGUCGUCGACGUCUUGCACCCAAACAGAGCUAACGUCUCCAAGGAUGAAUUGCGUGAAAAGUUGGCCGAAAUCUACAAGGCUGAGAAGGACGCUGUUUCCGUCUUCGGCUUCAGAACCCAAUUCGGUGGUGGCAAGUCCAUCGGUUUCGGUUUGGUCUACAACUCUGUUGCCGAUGCCAAGAAGUUCGAACCAACCUACAGAUUGGUCAGAUACGGUUUGGCUGAGAAGGCUGAGAAGGCUUCCAGACAACAAAGAAAGCAAAAGAAGAACAGAGACAAGAAGAUCUUUGGUACUGGUAAGAGAUUGGCUAAGAAGGUCGCCCGUCGUAACGCUGACUAA